CUCUGUCUCCUCCUUUUGACGGCGGCAGAAACAACGAAGCACGCACUGAUAACACCUAUCUCUCUCUCCGUCUAAACCAUUUGAUUAGUCUAGAUCCCAAUUCUUCGAGUAUCGAUUCUUCUUCAAUCCUUUUCAUGUGAAUAUCCUCCUAAGCAGCAAUCUUUGGGUUUUUGUGGUAACAGAUGGGGAAGAAAGCGAAGAAGAAAGCCCGAGCACCAACAAAGGAGAUUCAGACCAUGGAAAUUUCCAUGAAGGUCUCUGAAGAGCCGCCUAGUCAAGCUGGAGAAAUAGCUGAGGGUGACGUUAAAGCAGUUAAGGAGACACAAGCUUGUGUGCAUUUUGAUAAGGGUCUUAAUUUGGAGAAAGUGUUGGAUAAGAUUAAGUCUUCCAGGCAGAUUAAGUGUGAAGAAUGCAAGGAAGGAGUGUCUGGUAAGAGAGGAACUAAAGCAAAGGGCAAUAAGGGGAAAAACGAUUUUUCUUCUUCUGAUAAAAAAGCCAUUUGGGUAUGUUUGGAAUGUGGCUGUUAUGUUUGUGGAGGUGUUGGUUUACCAAAUGGAGCUCAGAGUCAUGUUUUGAGGCAUACCAGAGUGACGCGUCACCGAUUGGUGAUUCAAUGGGAAAAUCCUCAUUUAAGAUGGUGUUUCCCGUGCCGUUCGCUUCUCCCUGUUGAAAAAGAAGAUAAUGGUGAGAAGAAAGAUGUGCUGUCUGAGGUUGUUAAAUUAAUUAAAGGACGAUCUUUGAACAAUUUAGCUUCAUCUGAUAUCGAAGAUCAGUGCUCAGGAAGUGGCAGUAUCACUAGUGAUAUUAAAUUAGAAGGUGCUGCUGUGACCAGUGAUAUAGAAGCAAGAGGGGGUUAUGUUGUGCGAGGUUUAGUUAACCUUGGGAACACAUGUUUCUUUAAUUCGAUAAUGCAGAAUCUUCUUUCUUUGGAUCGGUUACGCGAUCACUUUCUGAAGGAGAAUGUGUCUGGGGUCGGUAGGCCUCUUGCGUCUUCCCUGAGGAAAUUAUUCGCUGAAACGAAACCAGAGGCAGGCUUGAAGAGUGUGAUAAAUCCUAGAGUCUUUUUUGGGUCUUUCUGUUCUAAGGCACCCCAGUUUCGUGGAUAUGACCAGCAUGAUAGCCACGAGUUGCUACGCUGUUUGCUAGAUGCGUUAAGCACCGAAGAAUCGGCUUUGAGAAAGAAGCGUGGUAUUUCUGAUAAUGAUGAGAAAUCUACUACACUCAUAGAUUCUGUAUUUGGAGGGGAAACGUCGAGCAUUGUUCGUUGUAUGGAGUGCGGGCAUUCCUCAAAAGUCUAUGAGCCGUUUUUGGAUCUCUCCUUACCCGUACCAUUCAAGAAAAGCCCUCCUAAAAAGCUACAACCUGUUUCUCGAGCAAGAAAAGCUAAGCUUCCACCAAAAAGAGUCCCUAAGAAUGUGUCAAAAGUAAGUAAGGUUUCAAAUGUUCUCCCAAGUAAGGCUCUUUCAGAACUGAAUUCUCCGGGAAAAGCUUUGGUUGUCACAGCUGAUUCAGACCCAUCCUGUUCUAGUUUUGUACCCCUUGAUAAUGGUCCGGUUUUAGAGACUCUUUCAGUUCUAACCGUUGACAAUAAGCAGGCCUCAGGAAGUGCAACACAAAGUGAUACUAGUUUCGAUAGCUUCUGGUUGGAUAUUAUCGGACCAGAAAACUCUGGAGAUGAGACGAAUUUGGAUAUGCAAGAAGAUGGUAUUGAUAAUGUCUCUACAGCUGAGGUUAAUCAACUUGUUCCCUAUCCAAAUAUUACGGCCAAUAGCCCAGUUUCAUCGGGUGAUCAGACUUUGGAAUGUAGCACAGAGAGGCUGAUGCAAGACAAUGGAGAAGUUGCAAAGGCGGAAGCCAUUUUGGAUGAAAAAGAUGUACAAGCUAUGCAAUAUGAUGAAUGCCCAGCUACGAGCGGUAUUUCUGCUGAAUUUAUUCAAGCUAGUUGCAUCAGUUGUGAUCCUGGUAUAGGGGAAAGUUCUUCCUCGGUGAAUCCUUGGGACGAGGAAGAGCUUCCUUUGGUGGUUGCAGAUUCGCAAAUUCUGUACAUGCCAUACAAAGAAAUAUCUUGUAAUGAUAAAUCAGUUGCGGAAGGUGAGUGUGAAGCUUCUUCUUCAUUUGUUACUGGUGAUCAUGAUUCACAAAGCAGUGAUUUUGUUGAUUUUGGCGGUUUAUUUGAUGAGCCCGAGACUACCGAAGGACCUGUCUUUGGACCUCCUUCCAAGGCUGAAGCUUCGGGAGUUGGUAUUAUGGCGUUCAGCAGUGAGUCUGAUCCUGAAGAAAUCGAUGAUUCGGAUUCACCGGUGUCUGUAGAAAGGUGUUUGGCUCAUUUCACAAAGCCUGAGAUAUUGUCGGAUGACAAUGCUUGGCACUGCGAGAACUGUUCAAAGAACCUGAAACUCCAACGGUUGAGAGAAAAGCAAAAAUCCAAGAAAGAUGAAUCGAGAUCAAGCAACACCAGCAACGGAUGGGUGAAAGAAAAUGAAAAUGAAGGUUUUGGAGAAACUGAUAUUUUGGCUGUUAAACAAGAUCCAAAUGAUACUUGUUGUGUCAAGGAUCAUAGCUCUAAUGGAAGAAAAGCUACGGGGUCUCACUCAGCUGAUGAAAGUGAAUCCAAAGGGACUCAAGAUGAAGACGAAGAUUCUGAGAAAGUGAUCACAGUGAAGAGAGAUGCAACUAAAAGAGUACUUAUAAACAAAGCCCCACCUGUCCUAACCAUUCAUCUAAAGCGAUUCAGCCAAGAUUUGCGUGGUAGGCUAAGUAAGUUAAAUGGUCAUGUUGCUUUCCAAGAGGUCAUCGAUCUUCGACAAUAUAUGGACUCAAGGUGUAGCGGAGAAGACCCGCCCGUUUACAGACUGGCUGGAUUGGUGGAGCAUUCAGGGACGAUGAGAGGAGGUCAUUAUGUGGCAUAUGUUAGAGGAGAACCGGAAACAACUGACCCGGCGGUACUGGAAACGAUUGAACCGACCCUACGUCUUCCUCUCUCCACAAGCAACGAACGGGACUUCCCCAUUAAAGGGAGAGACAGACAAAUCGAGUCUCGAGUCUGUGAAACCAAGUCGAGAGAUAUUGUAGCCAUGGCAGGAGUAUCGCUCAAGUGUGGCGAUUGUGGGACGCUGCUGAAGUCCGUGGAGGAGGCUCAGGAGCACGCCGAGCUCACCUCUCACUCCAAUUUCGCCGAGUCCACUGAGGCCGUGCUCAAUCUCGUUUGUACUACUUGCAGCAAGCCUUGUCGCUCUAAAACCGAAAGCGAUUUGCACACGAAAAGAACAGGGCAUACUGAGUUUGUAGAUAAGACAUUGGAGACGGUAAAACCCAUCAGCUUGGAAGCUCCUAAGGUUGCUAUGGAGAUUGACGAUAAUGCUAGUGGUAGUGGAGAGGCUGCUGAAGAGAUGGUUGUUCCAGACGUUGACAAUAACAUUCUCGAGGAACUUGAAGCGAUGGGCUUCCCUAAAGCUCGUGCUACCCGAGCACUCCAUUACUCUGGUAAUGCCAGUCUCGAGGCUGCAGUUAAUUGGGUGGUGGAGCAUGAAAAUGAUCCUGACGUAGAUGAAAUGCCAAAGGUGCCUGCCAACUCCAAUGUUGGGCCUGCCAAACCUGCUCUUACGCCAGAAGAAGUGAAGCUAAAAGCACAAGAAUUAAGGGAACGUGCGCGGAAGAAGAAAGAAGAGGAAGAAAAACGGAUGGAACGUGAAAGAGAGAAGGAGCGAAUUAGGAUUGGCAAGGAACUCUUAGAAGCAAAGCGGAUGGAAGAAGUAAACGAAAGGAAACGUCUAAUGUUUUUGCGUAAAGCCGAGAAAGAAGAAGAAAAACGGGCUAGGGAAAAGAUCCGUCAAAAGCUUGAAGAAGACAAGGCUGAAAGAAGGCGAAAACUCGGAUUGCCUCCGGAAGAUCCUGCAACUGCAGCUGCAAAACCCUCAGUGCCAGUUGCGGAGGAGAAGAAGAUUUCAUUGCCAAUUAGACCGGCCACAAAGACUGAACAAAUGAGAGAAUGCUUGAGGUCCCUUAAGCAAACCCACAAGGAGGAUGAUGCUAAAGUGAAGAGAGCGUUCCAGACUCUGCUGACUUACAUGGGAAAUGUCGCUAAGAAUCCAGAUGAAGAAAAAUUCCGGAAAAUUAGACUGACCAAUCAAACAUUUCAGGAAAGGGUUGGUUCACUGAGAGGAGGCAUAGAGUUCAUGGAGCUAUGUGGGUUUGAGAAAAUUGAAGGAGGAGAGUUCUUGUUCUUGCCUAGAGACAAGAUCGAUUCCGCCAUCAUCAACUCAGCUGGAACAGAGCUCAAUUCCGCCAUCAACAACCCUUUCUUUGGAGUUCUUUAAAUCGAUGCCAUCUUCUUGUGUCAAAUUUAUGAAACUAUAAAAAAAUUCGAAUAUCAACAUGAAUAAUACUGGCUAGUGACAUUCUUUUUGUUUUGUCUUAAUAAGUGAAAAAUUUGGAG